AUGCGCACGUUAGGCCGCCACUUGUCGCGGCGCUCUCGGCCGCACUUCCCACAAGCCUGUCCAUUUUCUCAUUACAGGGGCCGACGCAGGGGGCUGGCCAUCCUUGCUGGUGCACCACCGCUUCCUUCGGUGUCAUCAGGCGUCGAUAAUCCCCCUCGUCGUGCUCGUCAGGUGCAGCUCGUCUGGAACGCAAGCUCCCAGCAGCCCAGCCGGCCCUCUGUACCAUCCCACCACCAGGACACCCAAGCCGGUGCCCUGCAGCAAUCACUGCAGCUGCCGCGAUCGCAACACCUGCAACAGUACCGAAACACCGACCCAAGGGUCAUAUUCCUGCAGCGGCUUGAGCACGCCGUUGUGGCGCACCUGCCGCAUUUUGAAGGACGCCAGCUGGCUAAUACGCUGUGGGCGAUGGCCAAGCUUGGUCAUCGGCCUUCGGAGAAAUGGCUGGAGGUGAUGCUAACGCGCGCGAGUUCCCAACUUCACACCUUCAACCCGCAGCACCUCGCGAACACACUGUACGCGCUGAUGUUGCUUCGCUACAUGCCGCCGCCGGCGUGGCUAGAGGAUUUCUAUUCCGCCGUGGGUCGUCGGCUCCACGGCUUUGGCCCCGGGGAGCUGUCACAUCUUUGCUAUGCUGCUGGCAAGCUGGGGCUACAGCCGGGGCGGGAGCUGCUUGGCGGCGUGCUGCACCAUUCCCUGAUGCACAUGCAGGCGUACGGCGUACGGGAGCUGGCGCUGCUGGCGUACGGUGUCGUACACAUGGGUGCCCGGCUGCACGCGGACUGGUUGCGGGUUUACCGGAAGCGGGUAACGGGACUGGUAAUUGAGUCGGGUGCGCUGCCGGCGCGGUUUCUGGAGCGUCUGGCGGAGCAGCUAGGCCAGCAGCAGCAGCUAGACCUCGCGGAGCUCGCCCGGGCGCAGCUGAAAAUGCGUCAGCAGCAGCUUUCACAGCAGCAGUACCCACCAGGGCAACACCAGCAGUACCACAUCCAUCAUACAACUUCCGAGCAGCACCACGAGCAGCAACAUCAGCAGGAGCUUGGCUUGAUGGAACACGGGUCGUCGCACGUGUGGCCGUCCGUGACGCGCGGAGAUGGUUUAAGCGGUGGCACCGGGCCGGGCGCCGCGAGCACUAGCUCGACGAACCCCGAGUCUCUGUUGCCCCCGUCGUUUUCAUCCUCGCCGGUGGAUAACUCGAUCGACUCGAUAAUGGCGACGACGAUAUCGGUGGCGACUGUAGCACCGGCAGCAGCAUGGGCCCCUGUUUCGGCAUCACCGCGCGCGGCGCGGGUGGCGUCCUACCUGCCGACUGUUCUGUGCAGCCUAGCGGAGGUCGGCUACAGGCCGCCGUCCAUCUUUCUGUCGACAGUGUUGGCGGCGGUGGGCAGCUGCGCGGGCCAGCUCACGCCAGUGGGCCUGACCACGGUGCUGCUCAGCCUGGCCAACAUGCGGUACCGGCCGCACCCGGCGCUGUUUUGGCGCGUCUGGAGUUUGCUCAUGAACAGUCUGGAAUCUCUCGAGACGCAGCAGUGCACCGUCGCCAUUUGGGCCAGCGCCAUCCUAGGUUGUGACGCGCCGCGUGGCGACGUGGCAGCCAUCCUGGCAAACGCCGCCGCCCGACUCCCGGACCACUCGGACCGGGAGCUCCUGCAACUUCUGGAAGCCGUGUCGGCGCUGGGGUUUGAACCUACGACCAGCUGGCUGGAGCUGCUUGAAUCGGACCUGUACAACCGCCUUCCUCGGAUGGAGCCCCCGCAAGUAGCAGCGCUGUUGCUACCGCUGGCGGGCCUGGGGCACAAGCCGCACCGGCUAUGGAUGGCACGGUGGGCGGAAGCGAUGGCGGCAGGGCUGCCGGAGCUGGGCUUGCGGCACAUGGCGGCAGCUGCGUACGGCGCGGCACGACUGGGCUUCCGGCCGCCGUCACGGCUCUGCGGAGAGCUGCUGGCGGCGACUGCGGCAGAACUGGGUAGUACUGCUACUGCUGCAGUGGAGGCUACAGCUGCACAGCAGCAGCAGCAGCAGGACGGGGGGAAGCAGCAACAACUUAGUCGUCUUGGCGGCCGGCAGGGAGAUGAGCCGAAGCUGCCGCACCGUGCUCGCUCUGCUUGGGAGAGGCGGCAUGGGGAUCGUGCCCACAGCAGCCGGCAUCUCCCAGAGACGCUCAGUCGCCUACUGUGGGCCUUGGCCGUUUUGGACAUUCGGCCUGAUGCGGGCUGGCUGUCGAGCUACAUGGAAUGUCUGGGGUUUAUGCGCGAGGAUCUGAGCUCGCAGGAGCGAGUCAAGGUGGUGUGGGCGCUGGCGCGAUUCCGGUACAACCCCGGGCCGGAGUGGGCGCAGGAUCUGGCGCUGUGGCGAGACGAGGCGCGGCUGCAGCAGCAGCAGGAGGGGCUGCUGCCGCAUAGUGGGCGCGGCAGCAUCGGGGCAGGCGAGCCCGCAGCGCCGGUUAUGGCACUAGAUACCCGUGGGAAUGACGUGGGAGCAGCUGCAGCAGCAACAGCUGAGGCGGCAGCAUUGCGUCGCCACGACAACGGGGUGCGAGACAGCAGCGCCGCUGCUGCCGCCAUCGCAGGGUCAGCCGCAGCCACACACGUAGCACUUACGAUAGAUAACCUAACCGCAGGGACGGCAGGUGCGGUCUCGGAAGUAGGCACGGCAAAUUUGGCCGACACGCAGGCGCCAAUGGUCCACUGCGUUGAUCAUGAUAGCAGUAGCAAAAGUAGCAUUAGCAAAAGUAACGGCGGCAGUAGCCUGGACGUGAACACGUUUGUGCUGCAGGGCAUUCACGAAUGGGCGUCACGGCAGUUGAGCGAUCCGGAGUCCUCGGCCCGCCCACGGCGUGGGCGUCGGCGUCUUGUUCGCGGAGUGCGAUAA